UCUUCGAACAGCGUUCACCGAAUUCUGUUCUUGCCUACUGGCUGUCGAGUUCACACGUCUCCCAUUUCGAGUGUGGAAUUCCUUCUUUAGUUUAUUCUGUGUAGUAAUUUUUCGUGAAAGCAGCAUGGAGUGGGAGAAUGAAAAGUGCCUCCUUUUAGUUUCUCUUUAUGAGGGGCACCCAGAGCUGUGGCAGCCGAACCACAAGCUGUACUUCAACAAAAUUAAAAAAAAUGACGCUUGGGAAGCUAUAGCGACGCAGUUGGAGACGACAUACGACACCGUCAAAAGCAAAAUAACCUCCUUGUUGGCUUCCUUCAGGAGGGAGAAGAACAAGGAAGAAACUUCAAAAGGGACUGGAAAAGGUGCAGACGAGAUCUACAGGAGCAAAUGGUUUGCUUACGAAGCUUUUGGGUUUUUGAAGGAUAAGAAACAAGUGCAAGGAAACCAUCAACUCAUGUACUUCACAAAACGCUUCAAAGGAGAAUGA